CGGCAGCCGCCUCGACGUCGACCUAGCUGCGAAAGGGCAUCCAGGCAACCUUGUCUAACGAAGAUGCCGGGUAUGACAACGUUGCCUCAUGAACAGGGCGUUGUGCACGUUUGGUGCGAUGGAUGGAUCAAUGAAACAGCCCAGGCGUUUGCAGUCGCUUCAACCUGCCCACCACCAUCACGACGGCACGCGUCCAGGAGCUAACGAAUUACUACCCAUGACUCGUCUGCGUCGCAGCGCUCUCUAGCUAUACAUGAACAGGUAUCUUUGGAAGCAGGCCGUUUCACCAGUUGUCCCGAACCUCGAUACUCCGAGAGCAUUUGCUUGGCGCGUGCUGACCUCUAGUGCUGCAUGCUUUGACGGCCCUUCAGAGACGCAGUU